AUGGAAGAGAAAACAUUACUACUACCGCAAUGGGUGUAUACUUUAUCAUUUUAUUCGUCAGUAAUAUCAGCUAUUAUCAUAUUCAUCAGUAUAACAUUACAUCUACUUAAUUAUCGUAAACCAUUCCAACAAAGGCUAAUGAUUCGAAUUCAGUUGAUAGUACCAUUAUUUGCAAUAUCAUGCUAUUCAAUGUUGCUCAAUCAGAACUCCCCAUUUAAUAAAUUCUUUCUUGAACCUACUAGAGAAGUUUAUGAAGCAUUUGUUAUUUAUACUUUCUUUUCAUUAUUAACUGAUAUGUUGGGUGGUGAAAGACAAAUUAUUAUUAUGACUAGUGGUAGACCACCUGUUCCACAUCCUGGAUUUUUGAAAUAUAUUUUACCCAAGUUAGAUAUCUCUGAUCCAAGAACAUUAUUAAUAAUUAAAAGAGGAAUCUUGCAAUAUGUAUGGUUGAAACCAGUUAUUUGUUUUAGUGUAUUGUUUUUUGAGAUGAUUGGUUGGUAUGAUGUUAACGAUUUGAGUGUUAAAUCUAUUUAUUUUUGGUUAACUUUAAUUUAUAAUGCUAGUGUUACUUUAUCACUUUAUUGCUUAGCUAUAUUUUGGAAGAUUUUAUGGGUUGAUUUGAAACCAUUUAAACCUGUUGGGAAAUUUUUAUGUGUUAAAUUAAUUAUUUUUGCAUCUUAUUGGCAAGGGGUUAUACUUGCAAUUUUAAGUUUUCUACAAUUAUUACCAGGAAGUGAAGAUGAUGAAGAUGGUAAUGGUACUGAAAAGAAAGAAAACAUUGGUAUAUGCAUACAAAAUGCUUUGUUAUGUAUUGAAUUAAUAGGAUUUGCUAUUGGUCAUUGGACUUCAUUUUCUUAUUAUCCAUUUACAAUUUCUCAAUUACCUUAUGGUAGAUUUCAAUUUAAAUAUGCUUUGAAAGAUUGUUUGGGAUUUAAAGAUUUAUUAUCUGAUUUUAAAUUAACAUUUCAUGGUGAUCAUUAUAAAGAUUAUAAGCUGUUUUAUUCGGUUGAAGCAAAUGUUGCUCAUCCUGAUUCAAAGGGUAGAAUGAGUAGAAUUCAUCAAGGUUUAAGAUAUCAUUACGAUGGGAAACAUAAACAUUGGUUACCUGAUAAUCAAAGUAUUACAAGUAAUACUAAUAUAAUACCAAGUACAUCAGAAAUUCAUGCAUUAGAUAAUUCCUCCAUUUAUUCAGGUAAUACAUCAUCAAUGAAAGGAAUUUAUCCCAACUCACCAAAGACAUCACCACCAAACUCACCGAAAUUACCUGGUAAUUCCAUGUAUGAUUUAUUGAUUAAUGAUUCGGAAUUAAACAAUAUUGAUUAUUCUAAUGAAGAUUUUGAAAAUGAUGAAGAGUUUUAUAAGGAAUCCAUUAGAAUUAUUAAUAAUUAUGGAUUAGAAGAUAAUCAAAUCAAAAAAUUAUUAAAUUAUCCAAUAGUUGAUGAAGUUAUUGAUAGUCAUGUCUAUGGCUAUAAAGUUCAAAAACUAAGACAACGUCAAUUAUUAAGACAAGUUAAUCGGUCAAGACAAGAAGAACAAAGUGAAUCAUUUUUACAAUCAAAUGAAAGUUAUAGAUAUGGUAGUAUUGUGUGA